AUGACACCACUGACUGCGCUACAGGCCCUGCUGGAGGAGGCCCAAUACGACCUCCUAGCGAUCCAGGAACCUUGGAUCAACAAGCAGACAAAGUCAACCUACUGCCCUAGAGGCUCGAAGGUCUGGUUCCCAGGGGCAGGGAGUAGUGGACUAGAGCUCUGGUCUAUUUACAACCCUCUUGAGGACAAGACCCUCUUGCAAAGCCUCCUGAGUCGGCAGGCCCCAGGCUACCCGACAGCAUUAGCGGGGGACUUCAACCUCCACCAUCCACUGUGGGACCAGCACGGCCGGUAUGAGAGGAAGGCCGAGACCCUACUAGAACUCGCAGUACAGUGGGACCUCGACCUCCGAACCCCAACCGGCACUAUGACUAGGGCCCCGCAGGGAAGCCAGCGAGGCCCGACAUCAACCAUCGACCACUUUUGGGCAACAGUCGGCCUUCAAACGACCUACUAUGGUCUAGAACAGAGGGGGAAGUCAGAUCACUACCCACAAGUCCUCGAAGUCCAUAUCAGCGGACCCCCUCUACAACAGUCUCAGCCAGAGGGCUGGAAUUGGAAGAUGAUGAAGGAGAGCCGGGUAGAGGCCGAGGCAAUUCAACUCCCACUGAAAAUGGGACUGGAGGACCCGGGGCCACAGGGCCUGAGAGCCCGCACCAAGGAGCAGGGAGGCCUAGAGGAGGCCUUCGACCAGCUAAUCAAGGAGCUACAGAGAAUAGCCGAGGUAGCUACCCCUCGGAGGAAGGCUAACAGGGGCCACGGAUCCCCCUGGUGGUCAGUGGAGAAGGCUACUCACCGCCGAGAUCUACUUUGGAACCUCGAACGGUGGGCCCGAUGCAAGAGCUUCAACCCUCCGGACCCCGCGAAACUACCUACCCUCGCGGGCCCCUCAGGGGGGCCAGACCUCUCUAGCCACCAGGAUAAGGCUAGGGCCCUCGCAGGGAGGUUCUUCCCUAGCCCAGAAGCUGAUCUCAGCGACAUACACGACCCGGACCUACUCGAACCGUGGGAGCCAGAGUUCAACAUAACGGAGAAAGCCACUGCGAGGGACAUCGAGGUCACCCUUUCAAGGAUUAGCCCAUGGAAAGCCCCAGGCGAGGACCUUCUACCUACCGGUCUGCUGAAGGCUUACGGCUACCCAUUGUUCAGGGUGUUGGCAGUGCUUACAGAAACAUGCUUCCGGCUUGGGUGGUUCCCAGGGGGGUUCAAGAGGGCGAAAACGGUGGUCCUACAGAAACCCGGAAAAACCCCUGAGACCUACCGAACCCCUGGAGGCUACCGGCCUAUCGCCCUCUUACCAACGGUUGGGAAGGUUAUAGAGGCACUAGUGGCUAAGAGAGUCACUGGAGCCGCGGAGGCCUACGGCCUACUGCCGGCUGAGCAGAUGGGAUGUAGGGAGCAUCGGUCCACGGAGCUGGCCGUGCGGCUAGUGGUAGCCCAGGUCCACGAGGCAUGA